UGACAGAACAACACCGUGGGGUUACCGGGGAGGACCGGGCAGGACCGGGGGCUACCGGGUGAGGCGGAGGGGGGUGCCAGGGCAAUACCAGGCGAGGACGGGGAGCACCGGGAGGAGGAUGCGACGAGUGACACCGGGGGGGGGUGGCGGGAUCACCGGGGGAACAACGGCAGCACCGGGAGGAUGGGGGGGGUGACGGGUGGCCCCGUGGGUGCCACCCGGGGAGGACGGGCGGCACCGGGCGUGGAUCGGCGCUAGGACCCGGCGUCGCGGGGCCGCCCGGAUUCCAGGCUGGCUCCCGGUGUGACGUCACGCCCGGUCCCGGCCCCUCGCGCUCGGGAAAAUGCUGCUCUCGGUGCCGCCGCGCUCGGGGCUCCCCGCCUUCGCCUACAACAAGGGCGGCAAGAAGCAGCCCUAUGUGCCCCCGGCGCAGCCCCUGGGCCCCCCCAGCCCCAGCCCCGCCGGGGGGGCCCCGGACCAGCUGAGCAAGACCAACCUCUACAUCCGGGGGCUGCACCCCGGCACCACGGACCAGGACCUGGUCAAGCUCUGCCAGCCCUACGGGAAGAUCGUCUCCACCAAAGCCAUCCUGGACAAGACAACCAACAAGUGCAAAGGCUAUGGUUUCGUGGAUUUUGACAGCCCCACGGCCGCCCAAAAGGCCGUGACAGCGCUGAAGGCCAGCGGGGUGCAGGCGCAGAUGGCCAAGCAACAGGAGCAGGACCCCACCAACCUGUACAUCUCGAACCUGCCGCUGGGCGUGGACGAGCAGGAGCUGGAGGCGCUGCUGAAGCCCUUCGGGCAGGUGGUCUCCACCCGCAUCCUGCGGGACCCCCACGGGGCCAGCCGGGGCGUGGGCUUCGCACGGAUGGAAUCCACGGAGAAGUGCGAGGCCGUCAUCACCCACUUCAACGGGAAAUUCAUCAAAACCCCCCCAGGGGUGCCAGCCCCCCCAGACCCCCUGCUCUGCAAGUUCGCGGACGGGGGGCAGAAGAAGCGGCAGAGCCAGGGCAAGUUCGUGUCCAACGGCCGAGCCUGGGCCCGGGACGGCGACACGGGCACCGUGACCUUGGCCUACGACCCCGCGACGGCGCUGCAGAACGGGUUCUACCCGGCGCCCUAUGGGCUGGCCCCCGGCCGGAUGCUGCCUCCCGCCGCCCUGGCCCCCUACCUGCCCUCCCCAGUGUCGUCUUACCAGGUCCAUGGCCCCACCUGGAUGCACCAGUCCUACCUCGUGCAGCCCACGGUGAGCCACGCCCGGUGCCACGCCCGGUGCCACGCCCUGAGGGGUGGAGGGGUGGCGGGAGCCUCGCUUGGAUCUGCCCCGCCCCGAUGGGGGGAGGGGAUGCUGGAGCCCCACCCCUGCCACACCCCACUCUUGCCCCACCCCCUGCAGCCAAGCCCCUCCCACUUUGCCACACCCACCUCAGGCAUGUGCCUAUUGGUGGCACAGCCUCGCUCGGGGGGUCCCUGGGCCCUGUCCCAUGUCCCCCUCCCCGUGGGUGCAAAGCCCCCAUGUCCCCCAUGUCCCUCAGGGUCCCCAGUAUCCCUAGUGUCCCCCAUGGAGCCACCAUCAUGUCCCCAAUGUCCCCAGUUGUGUCCUGGUGUCCUCCCCCAUGUCCCCCUGUGA